UUAAGAUAUAUAGAAAAUGGAGACAAGAGUUGGGAGGGCAAGAGAAGGUAUACACCAACAACCAAGCCUCAGGAGUGCUCUUCAGAUGCAGGACAAACAACAUGCAACUAAAAGACAGAAACAGACACCGGCAAAAGGAAACCAAGUGCGAUAUGUGCGAAGCUGAAAACGAAGACCUGCGACACUUCCUACUCGGCCUAUGCAGAGGAAAGAAAAGAGUGUUUGAGGCUGCAGCAGCUUUACGAGGAAGAAGAGGACGACACCCUUGGAAAAAAUAAAUAAAAUGACCACACCGAAGAAACAAAAGCAACAGUACACAAGUCUUGGACAAUAAGAGAAAAAAGAAAGAAAGAAAAAGAGGAAAAUAAUAGACCCAGCCAGUAGACACAUCAGGGAGUGCCGUUACAAAAGCGAAACUCCCGACCGACAACUAUUACUACUGAUUAGAUAAACAAGCCAGUAAUGGAGCAAUUAACCCUUAUAUAUGGAGUUAUUAUGACUGAGUGCCUUGACGAUGAUAAUGGUGAAAGAUGGUGAGCCGCCGGGGUGCCAGAGGAGGGUCGCGAGGCACCGUCAAGGCUGCUGAGCACCACAGGAAGGACGGGAGUGCCACCUCAUCAGUGCCAUAUCAGUGCCGAGUGCCAGGAUGAACCACAGUUGCUGCACGUGACACUCACAGAUACUCACAGAUACUGGCCUUAUAGUUAUACUUUUGUUCUUGUUCCCUCCACACUCUAUCUAAACGUGACUCAAAAUGAAUAACAGUUUCUGCUGACUGUUUGGCACGCCCUCUUAUGACACGAGUAGCAGGCAAGGAACUACUACAACAAGAACUACUACUACUGCUAGCAUGAAGGUCCGUGGGGCAUACCAAGGCAGGGGGCAGCGGUGACAUAGGCCCAUCACACCCCUGCCAAAAAGAGACGGAAUUCUUCAGAGCUGUCAAAGCUCCUAGCCAGGAUGAGGCUGCGUCGUAACAUGCGGCAAGGCCUGAAGGUGGGCCUGGGGUUGCUGGCCUUGGCGGCGGGCGUGUACAUCGUGAUGCGCCACAACCUGCAGAGCGGCCACUCAGCACAGCCCAACAAGCGCGAGGUACCACCCCUGCCACCCCAGCAGCCAGUGGCCCCCCCAGCCGAUGACAGGGAAAAGCUGGUCUACCCACACGACAGCCUGGACAAUCAUGUGGUCCAGCCCAUCCCUGCUGGCUACAAGGACUGGAACGACUACUCCAUGCUGGCUGCCGAGGCCCGACGCUCAGGGCCUGGGGAGCAGGGCCUGGCCUACCACCUCCCAGCGCACCUUGCCGGAGAAAGGGACCAGCUGUACAAGGUCAACGGGUUCAACGCUCGGGCCUCGGAUGACAUUGCCCUCAACCGCUCCCUGCACGACCUCCGCCACCCUAAGUGUCGGGACAAGGUGUACCUGGCCGACCUGCCCCGUGCCUCGGUGGUGGUGCCCUUCCACAACGAGCACUGGUCCACCCUCCUCCGCACGGCUGUCUCGGCUGUCACACGCUCCCCCGACGCCCUGCUGCUCGAGGUGAUCCUGGUGGAUGACGCAAGUACUAAGGGGUUCCUGAAGGCCAAGCUUGAUGACUACCUGCAGGCCCACCUCCCCAAAGUGCGGGUCAUCCACCUGGAAAAGCGCUCGGGGUUGAUCCGGGCGCGGCUGGCCGGGGCGAGGGCUGCUCGGGGCGAGGUGCUCAUCUUCCUGGACUCCCACACAGAGUGCACCACCAACUGGCUUCCUCCACUGCUGGAGCCCAUCGCAAAGGAUUACCGUACGUGUGUCUGUCCCUUCAUUGACGUCAUUGAUUUUGAGACCUUCGCAUACCGGGCGCAGGACGAAGGGGCUCGCGGGGCCUUCGACUGGGAGCUGUUCUACAAGCGUCUGCCGUUGCUGCCACAGGACAAGGAGAACAUGCCCGAGCCCUUCAGGAGCCCCGUGAUGGCCGGGGGACUGUUUGCCAUCAGCACCAAGUUCUUCUGGGAGCUGGGCGGCUAUGACCCUGGCCUGGACAUCUGGGGCGGGGAGCAGUACGAGUUGUCCUUCAAGAUCUGGCAGUGUGGCGGCACCAUGGUGGACGCGCCGUGCUCUCGCAUCGGACACAUCUAUCGCAAGUUUGCUCCCUUCCCGAACCCAGGCGUUGGAGACUUUGUCGGCAGGAACUACCGCCGCGUUGCCGAGGUGUGGAUGGAUGAGUACGCCGAAUACCUAUACAAGAGACGCCCCUCCUACCGCGGCAUCAACCCGGGCGACCUGACGGAGCAGCGAGCCAUCCGGGAGCGCCUCAAGUGCCAACCCUUCAGCUGGUUCAUGAAGGAGGUGGCCUUCGACCUCACCAAAGUGUAUCCCCCCGUCGAGCCUCCGGACUUUGCCAGCGGGAAGAUCCAGAGUGUGGCCAGUCCGGGGCUGUGUGUGGACCCCCGCUUCCGGCACCACGGGGAGCGCUUCGGCCUGGAGGAGUGCGGCCAGAGUGGUGAGCAAGUCCUGCACCUCACCUGGCACCGGGACAUUAGGCCGGGCCGCCGCUCCGUCUGCUGGGAUGUGUCGAGUGGUGACCCAAGCGCCCCGGUGCUGCUCUAUAACUGUCACGGCAUGGGGGGCAACCAGCUCUGGAGAUAUGACCCAGCCCAGAAAUGGCUGCUGCACGGUGGGAACCCUCGGUGUCUGGACAGCAACCCGGGCAAUAAGGAAGUGUUUGUGUCCAUUUGCGACUCCGCCAAGGACACGCAGCGAUGGACAUUUGAAAAGUUUGACACCGAACGCUUAGCAAAGUGGGAUCAGAAUGGACCUGAUCUUUAACAGUGCGAGCGAGUGAGUGUUGUGCAUCAGAGAUGUGAGAACUGAUUAUUAUGGCACGGCUUGUACCACACAGCGCAGUGUAUCCCCACCUCAACCUUUUUGCACAGAACACUCAUCAAAAAUAUUACACUGUUUACUUUUGCCUCCCUGCCCUGCCUCUACAUGAAAUAGGAGCUUUGAUGAGUGAUGAGUGAUUUAGGGCAUAUUGCAUCAUGAGUUUUACAUCUUUGUAAUGACACUGAAUUUCACUUUUCUGACUCCUACACGUCAUGAAACGCACGAGAAAUCAACCCAGAGCCGAAAUGGGAUUUACCGGUGCUGGGGAUCCAACCCAUGACCAACUAGAUGGAAUAGCCACUUCUUAACCAGUCAGCCAAAGAGGUACCCCCUUCAUUGAGUGAGUUUCAGAGACUCUCCACGUCAGGCGGGUUCACUGCAUCUCCGAAAACUAUUCUCUUCAGUAGUUUGGUGGCAACAGGACUGCAGCAGAUACCUUUAAGCUGGCCAUCAUUACUACUGUGUGCCUUUUCUCACCCACAAACACACACACACACACACACACACACACACACACACACACACACACACACACACACACACACAUGCAUGCACAACACACAGCAAGGAGGUCCUGUGAUUGCAGCAUCAACCACACUUAGCUAGGUUGUAUCUCGCAGUAUUUCACCCAAGCUCAAGUCCUUAGUGCAACACAAGUGAGUGAGACAAAAUGAUCGCUGAGAGUUGUGUGUUUGCGGAAGAUAAACGUUAGAAAAAAAGUACUAAGUUAAUGGAAAGUUGAUAAGUGCAUGAAGAGGAACAGAUUGUGUGUGACUGUAAUUGAGAAGAGAAACUGCAAAUGGAUAAGAGAACAAUGAGUGAAGGAUGUGACAAAGGUAAUCAAAAGGAAGAAAUGGCAAUGGUCAGGACACAUACUAACGAGAGGAGAAUAGAUGGACAAAAAGAGAGAGACAAGGAAAUAGGAGAUAUAAAUAGACGCAAGGGAAAACUGUUCUACAGAAGGUGUGAUGAAAUAAAAAGUAUUUGAGCAUUUACAUGACGGAAACGAAUGAAAAUGGCAAUGUUCAGGACACGUCUGGAGGAGAGAACAAGAGAUGGACAAAAAAGAUAUAUUAAAAGGACACACGAUGAGGCCAGUAUCCAGAUGAUGUGAUGAAAUAAGUAUAUGGAGCAUUUACAUGACAGAAACAAAUGAAAAUGGCAAUGUUCAGGACACAUCUGGAGGAGAGAACAAGAGAUGGACAAAAAGAUGUAUUAAAAAGACACACGAUGAGGCUGGUAUCCAGAUGGUGUGAUGAAAUAAGUAUACGGAGCAUUUACAUGACACAAAUGAAUGAAAAUGGCAAUGGUGAGGUCACAUAUGUAAAAGAGAGAAAGAUAGAUAGGAAGAAAAGAGACAGAAAUUAGAGAUAUAAGAAGCCCCAAGAGGAUACCAUACACAUGAAAUCAAGGUAAUAUAUAGAGAUGAUUUACAUGACAAGAAGUGAAUGAACAUGAUUAGGAAAAGCCUGUGUCCUGCAGCAGAGUGAUACAGGUUGAUGAUAUAAAGAGUUUUGAAGUGAUGAUAAUAAUGGCAACACAUGUAUUAUAAAAAAUAGACGACAAUAAAAAUAUGAUUGCUUU